AUGACGAAGCCUACCAUCACCACCCUCGAGGCGCCCAUCGCCAUCCUCCCCAGAUAUGUAGCGCAGAAACCAACCACCCUUCACCUAAAAGGCCACCUAUCCAGCUUCUCCGGAGGCGAUUUCACCAUCACCGACGAGACACCAGGCCAGCCACCGCGCGAGGUCUUCAGCACAGACGCCCAGGCCAUGUCUAUGCGGGAGAAGCGCGUCCUCCUAGACGCCUCGCGGCAGCCGCUCUUUGCGUUCCAGCGCAAGGUCAUGUCGAUGCUGGGUACCUGGUAUAUCCUGCUGCCGGAGCAGACGGUCGAUGCGCCGGCUGCGCGCUUCGAGGUCAAGUGGUCGAUGGGGAGUAAGAAGAUUGAUGCAUUCAUCGCUAAGGGCGAUGGGACGUGGCAGCAGCUGAAGAUCAGGGGGCAGAGCAUGUGGAAGAGCAGGACGGAUGUCUUUCUUGGUGAGUCGAAUGUGGCGAUUAUGAGCGCGAAUAAGAAGAAGUGGGCAUUGAGGCAGGAGUGGACUGUGGAUGUCGCGCAGGGGAUGGACACCUCGCUGGCGUCCGCAAUCAUAGUCGUCUUGGCUGCUAUCGAGCAGAACGCAAAUGCGGCAAGUAGCUCGUGA